AUGGCGUGGCCCUGCAUCAGCCGGCUGUGCUGCCUGGCCCGGCGCUGGAACCAGCUGGACCGCUCGGAUGUAGCGGUGCCGCUGACUCUGCACAGCUACUCGGACCCCGAGAGCGAGGGGCCCAGCGCCGACUGCACCGCCUUGCGUGGGAGCCCGUCCGUCGCGGGCGCUCGGGAGCCCAGCCGCGCAGUGCCGCUCACCCAGUACCAGCGCGACUUCGGCCUGGGGACCGCGCGCGCGGGGCACCGGGAUGCGGCUCAGGAGCGCGUGUCCGGGCGCGGCGGCCGCAGGGGCCAGUCCUCCGUGCCCCACUCCCGGACCGUCUACGUGCUGCCCAUCGGUGACGCGGACUCAGCUGCGGUAGUGACCACGUCUUAUAGACAGGAAUUCCAAGCUUGGACUGGAGUAAAGCCUUCAAGAUCCACAAAGGCCAGACCAGCCAGAGUAAUCACGACUCACAGCUCUGGAUGGGAACCCAGCCCUGGGGCCAGCUUCCAGGUUCCAGAGGUGAGGAAAUUCACGCCUAAUCCCUCAGCCAUCUUUCAGACAUCUGCUCCCCGUACUCUCAACGUAUGACCAGUGGAAGCCAUGGCUGGGAAAGCUGAGCAGCGUCAGACCUACCAGGCUUGGUCGUUUGCAGACUGGAGCAGCAUGGCUGCUGGCUCUGGGCAUGGUGUGGUGCGGAGGCAGAGGACACCAGCAGCUGCACUCAGCCUCCCCCACCUUCUUCCAGCAGUAUCGGAGAGGGAGACUCUGCUAUCUUCUAAAUUGGCAUUUGGCAUCUUUCAGUUUUUAAAUCUGAGCAUUAAUUAAGCUGUGACCGAACUGCUUUGGACAGAGAAGUAUGCAUAUAUCAAGUCCUUGGUAGGCCAUUUACAAACUUCGGAUGGUUUUCUCAAGAUGCAUGUUAUUUUUACUUUAUAACCUACGGUAGUCACAGGCAGUAGAAUUUCCUGCAGUGGGCCUACAUGCUUACCGUUAAAAAAUCUUAGCCUGGCAGUGGUGGUGCACGCCUUUAAUCCCCGUGGAGGCAGAUUCGGGCAGAUCUCUGAAUGUGAGCCCAGUCUGGUCUACAAGGCUGUUCUAGGACAGCUACAGCUACACAGAGAAACCUUGUCUCAAACGAAAGAAAGAAAGAAAGAAAAGAAAGGAAAGAAAGAAAGAAAGGAAAGAAAGAAAGAAAGAAAGAAAGAAAGAAAGAAAGAAAGAAAGAAAGAAAGAAAGAAAGAAGGAAAGAAAGGAAAGAAAGAAGGAAAGAAGGAAAGAAGGAAAGAAAGAAAGAAGGAAAGAAAGAAAGAAAGAAAGAAAGAAAGAAAGAAAGAAAGAAAGAAAGAAAGAAAGAAAGAAAGAAAGAAAGGAGGAAGAGAGGAGAAGAAAGAAAUCUUAGAAUACUAGGAAUGAAGCCUUUAGUCCCAGCACUUGAGAGGCAGAGGCAGGAGGAUCUCUGUGAAGUCGAUGCCUGCCUGGUUGACAUUCAGGAAAGCCAGGGCUACAAGAGACCCUUUUUCAAAACAACACCACCUUAGUGUUUUGGUUUUUGUUUUAAAUAUACUCAUCUGCACACAACUUUCAUGAUGGUGAUAUAUCUCCAGGGAGAUCGUCCACAUGUUUUCAAUUUCAAAUGUAAUUUCUUGAUAGCCAAGACGAUCAUGUUUCAAGGAAACAAUUCCUAGGAUGAGUGAAAUGCUGAAAGCACAAAUGGCGUUCACCCCAUGUUUCUAGAGCUGACCCAUGUUUUUACUAAUUUCGGUCAUCUCCUCUCCAUACAAGCACUAGCAAGGACAACCAUGCAUACCACAAGGAUCUGUGAGCGUAUCUGGAGGGCAUCUCCUACAGGAACCUUUCCCCUCAGCCUACUGGCUCCCCAACUCUGGUGAGCUUCUCACAACCCCACGGAGGGGACAACUCAUCCUGUCUUUGGAACACUUAUCUCCAUAACUGCAGCCAGUGUGGUUGCGUGGAACAAGCCCAUUCCUCUUUGCACAACCCUUCAAACACUGGAAAGAGCUUGUCUUCAAGGUUUGGCAUGGUGUUUGGUAAGAACUGUAAGGGUUUCCUUAUGCCUCCCUCUAGUUCUGGUGGUGGGGCUCAUUUCAAAGCCACGGCAGAAGAGGUAGCUCAGAACUCCCAUACAGCAUGCCUUCAGAGAUGUUACCAGGCCCAGCCUCCCUCCUGCCAGCCCAGGAAAUGCUGUUGAGCCAUUCUGAGGGGAAAACUGAAACGAUAUGCAUAUACCAAGGAUCCUGUCAGUUUGCAUACUCAGUGCUCCUAAGAGGAGAGAGAUUGCCUGCUGGGCACCUACAUGUAGGCAGUGAGCAGAGUUAACAAUGACUAAAAUGCAAAAAUGUGCUGCUGCAACUUAAGUCAUAAACAGAAGUAUCUUCUUUCUCAUUCAUCGGGUCUCUCAAUAAUGACUUUACUAUAGUGUGGCUAUGCUAACAUCCCCGAAGCUUGUGAACCCCAAACCCUUGCCGAGGGCUGCAGAUACCCAAUGCUGCAGGUGAUACCCUCUUCCCAUUUCCCCUCUCCUACACCCUUAGCUGGGGAAGGGAGCCAUCUGUGCCACUGCUGCUUCCUUACCAGCUGGGACAAUGGAGUUUCCAUUUCUGCACCUGAAAAUGAGGCUGCUACUGCCUACACCUUGCUGGCUUACUAGGAACAUUCAAUGCUUAGCACAGUAAAGCCAACCAAGCAUGGCUCAAUUGUCCUUUCCUGUUUAACUCUUCUCCAGGUGCCCCUUCAUCUUGCUGUGGCCACUGGCAUGUCCCGGCUAAAAGCCUCCAGCUGUAC